AUGACCGCCGUCCUGGCAUUCCUCGCGGUGGGCGGCUGUUUCCUGGCUCUGGCAGAGGAGGAAUUGGAUAAUACCAUUACAAUGGAGGAUCAGAUUUAUCUCCUUCUGGAGGCCAAAGCUCAAUGUGAACAAAACCUCACAGCUCAGGUACAAGAAGAAAGAGGAGAGGAGUGCUUUCCAGAAUGGGAUGGUCUAAUCUGCUGGCCCAGGGGGUCAGCAGGAAAAACCUUAGCUAUGCCUUGCCCUUCUUAUAUCUAUGAUUUUAAUCACCAAGGUAUGGCCUUCCGUCAUUGUAAUUCAGAUGGAACAUGGGCUUAUGUGCACAGUUUAAACCGAACAUGGUCUAAUUAUUCUGAGUGCCUCCAUUUCCUACAAACAGAAAUCAGUCUGCGAAAGAGGAAAUUCUUUGAACAUCUCUCUGUCAUGUACACAGUGGGAUACUCCAUUUCCUUCUCCUCUCUGGCUGUGGCUAUUUUCAUCAUUGGCUACUUCAGGAGGCUCCACUGCACCCGGAAUUGUAUACAUCUGCAUUUGUUUGCCUCUUUCAUGCUCAGAGCUACCAGCAUUUUUAUUAAAGAUAAAGUUGUUCAUCCUCAUUUUGGAGACAAAGAUUUUGACUCACUACUCACAAGUGACCUACAAAAUAUUAUACAGACUCCGGUAAUGGACAUAUCUCAGUAUGUGUGGUGCAAGAUUACUGUGGUGAUGUUUAUUUACUUCUUGGCAACAAAUUACUAUUGGAUCUUGGUCGAAGGUCUCUAUCUCCACAGCUUAAUAUUUGUGGCUUUCUUUUCGGAAACCAAGUACCUAUGGGGUUUUAUCUUAAUAGGCUGGGGUUUCCCAGCUGUCUUUGUGGUGGCCUGGGCAGCAGUCAGAGCAGCAAUGGCAGAUGCAAGAUGCUGGGAGCUUAAUGCUGGAAAUAUAAAAUGGAUAUACCAAACUCCAAUUUUAGUGGCUAUUGGGCUGAACUUUGUCCUGUUCCUGAAUACUGUGCGAGUGCUGGCCACAAAAAUUUGGGAAACUAAUGUUGCUGGCUACGACGUCAAAAAGCAAUAUAGAAAACUAGCAAAAUCCACUUUAAUUUUGAUCCUCGUCUUUGGUGUGCAUUACAUUAUCUUUGUGUGCCUACCUCACACGUUCACGGGGUUAGGCUGGGAGAUCCGGAUGCACUGUGAACUCUUCUUCAACUCAUUUCAGGGCUUUUUUGUCUCUAUCAUCUAUUGCUACUGUAAUGGAGAGGUGCAGGCUGAGCUGAAGAAGACAUGGGAUAAGUGGAACUUGGCCAUGGACUGGAAGAGGAAUGUGCCUUGUGGGAAUUCUCACUGUGGUUCUGUCCUCACUAACAUGACUCAGAGUGUCAGCAUCCAGGCUCAGGUGGGUGCCAGCUCCCGUAUGAGGCUGGUUUCCAGCAAGGCAUGCAGGAAUGGCCCAGGACAGAUUGAUGCCCAUAUAAAUUUGCCUGGGUAUGUUAGGAGCAACUCUGAACAUGAUUGCAUGCCCCAGUGGGCUCAGGAAGAGGCUGAUGAAGAGGAAGAGAAGAGGCUGGAUGGUAUUUCUCUCAACAAACCUUCUAGACUUCAGAACAAUCGUGCAUGUUUUCUUGAGGAAGAAGCAAACCAAAUGGAAAUAGAGGCCUCACUUUAA